CAGCCUGGAAUGGCUGUGUCGGAGGGCAGAUGCACAGACCCAGGGCCUCUCCAGCUGCAGCGCUCCUCCCUUCCACUGCUUUCCUGAAGCCUCGCACCCCAAAAGAGAACUAGAGGAAGCUCCGAGUGAGCUCAUGAACCCAGGGAGAGAAUGAGAAGUCAGAUCCCCUCUGUAGCUGGGCCGUUGGCACCACUCAGCACCCACGGGCCGGGUCAGUGAAGUGGCAGCAAGGAUGUGGACCUUUGUUACCCAGCUCUUGGUCAUAUUGGUACUGCUAAGCUUUUUCCUGGUCAGCUGUCAGAAUGUCAUGCACAUUGUCCGGGGCUCCCUGUACUAUGUACUGAAGCGUUUACAUCAGGAGCUGGACAAGGAGCUAGGGGAGGACGAGAGCCUGAGUGAUGACGAGGAAUCCGUCUCCACCAGGGUGGUGCGGCGUCGGGUCAUUGUGAAGGGGAAUGAGCUUCAGGAUAUCCCAGGGGAACACGUGACUGAAGAACAAUUCACAGACGAGCAAGGCAACAUCGUCACGAAGAAGAUCAUCCGCAAAGUGGUUCGGCAGAUAGACACAUCUGGGGACACCCAGGAGCUGGAGGAGGCGGAGGUGAGAGGGAGUAGUACCCUGCAGUCGGAGCUGAUCGAAGGGAGGAAGGGGGCUCAGAUAGUGAAACGAGCAAGCCUAAAAAGGGGGAAGCAGUGAUCUCCUAGCCCCUCCCUGUCGAACGGCCCCUUUGGAGGAUCACACCUCAACACCCAACCACUGAACUCCACACAAUUUGCCCUGCACACUGGAGGAGAGCCCCACUCGUGGAGGGCAGUAAAGCCGGCUGUACAUGUUUCUAUAGGCUAACGGCAUGAUUUCUGUAAGAGAUUUCCUUUAACUGUCCUAUUCGCAUGAACGACUGGCUGUAGACGCAUGACCUACAGUCUUCAAUCCUGUCUCUGGCAACGGACCUCUGAUGGAAACCAGGACACAAGAGCACAGAGAGAGAGAGAGAGAGAGAGAGAGAGAGAGAGUGGACAAGGGCUUAGUUGUGGCCAGGGUGGUGUUUUUAAAAGUCAUUUUGAUUUUGCCCUUCUAUGGGGCAGGGUUUGUUUCCCUCUAUCCCAACCUCAUCAAUAAGAAAUCCACGUGGAUUUCAACCAGGAAAAAACAAACCAUAUACGUGAAAUCGGCUUGAUCCUUAGUCCUUUUGUUGCCAUUCAUCUGUUUGUACUCAUCCUUCCAUUGACAGACGCCCACCCAAUAUGAUCGCUUCCUCCUCUCAACACCACUCUCCUUUGCAUACAGGAUACACAUCAAUACACGGACACUCUUCACCUGCAAUAUAUACAUACACACAGAGAUUUUUACUGUGAAGUCUGAGGCUGUAUAGUAAUCUCCUGUGGAUAAACUGGAUAAUUUUUUUUAUGUUGUCUCCCGUUUUUAUCAUCUCUCAAUGGAAAACAACGAUCUUUAGUGUGUUUGGGGUUGUUAAGUGUUGGGGGCUUAGGAGGAGAGAAUCCCAGGCUUAGCCACAGGGUUCCAAGGGAGGCAGCACCCCACCUGAUUGGGCUUUCUUUCUCAGUAGGUAACUCAGACAGGUGGCUGCCCCAGGACUGCACCAGCAUGUUCUAUAGAGAAGAGGUUUUCUAUUUCUUCAAGCACUUAUCUCAUAGUUUGUGUUCAAAGUGUAAACUGUACAGUAAUCAGCCUUGUGUAUAUGAAAAAUAUUAAUAAUGAUAACAAUAAAUACUAUGCAAACCAAUAGAAACACUUUAGCGGUAUGUACAAAGCACUAACAGCCCCGCUCCUGAGGGCUUCUUCAGGCUGCCGGUCAGGGAGCCACAGCCUGUCCCCUCUGUGGAAGAGGAGGGAAAGGAGUAGGUAACAGUGAAUGUAUCCGCAAGUUCUUAGAAGUCAGCGAAACACCAAAAGUAUCCCAGAGCAGUACUUGGUGCUCUUACUUCCGCAUGCCUUGCAGGGUUAAGUAGGGAGGCGUGGAAGCAGGUACUGGGCUCUGGGCUCCAGUUAGGGGGUGUGGGUCGCAGGGGUCAAGUCCCUUGCCUGACUUGGGAUGACUUGAGUUCGAGGGGAGGCCCCCAGGCUGAGGUGGAGCAGCAGAGGAGGCAGAGCAGGUGGAAAAGGAAGGCCGUCCAAAGCAGGAAGACCUUGCCCAGCCCCUAGGUAGCAUCUGGCUGGGCUUUGGUCCAGGACAGGAAGGAAAUAGACAAGGGUUCCAUGCCUGGGUACCAUCAGUGAAGAGCCUUAAGGUAAUACAGCCGAGCCUCCUCCAGAGGCUGAAAUCAGCACAAUCCCCACGUCUUCCCCAUCUCCCUCCCAGCAGGGCAGUGCAGGCAGCAUCCGGGGCUCCUUGACUUGCUCUCCUAGAUGCCGAGAGCAUCUUGUUGCCCCCGUAGCCCUUCUGAGAUUUCUAUGAGAUGCAUCAAAACCUUCCAAGUAGCACAGUGCCCCUUCUCUCUUCUUAUCAGAGACCCCGGGGGUCCAAGACCAGCCCCAAUGACCAGUUAUAAACAUUCAUUGACCUGAGAAAAGAAGGUGCUGCUGCCAGUACGAUUGAUGAUUCCAGGCAGCUAAUAUGUCUCCUUCCCCUUCCCAGGCCCUCAACUCCCGCCUGCAUUAGGCUCUGGCUGCCACAGCUGGCAUCCCAGCACCAACAGGACUGGAACCUCCCGAGCCAGGCUGGCUUUGUCCUUGCACAGCUUCCGACUUGACCUUGAACCCUGCAGGCUAGAUAACAUAAUAGCAGCAGCUCACAUUUCUAUAGCGUUUUAAGGUUUAGAAAGCGCUUUCCAAUGGUCGAAUGACCCCAGAGUUGCUGCUUUCUGAGCUCCAUAAAGGAUUCAGUGGCCUGUGGUAGUGUUUGUUUUGUUUUGUUUUUUUAAUUCCAUUUUUGUUUUUGAGGGGUGGGAAUUAAGUCUGAUAUUUGCAGUUCCUUCCAGGGUGGUCCAAGGAAAUGCCAACUCCUCUGUCUCUUUGGCCUGUUUCAUGUUGACCCCCUGUCCCCCCAUCCCCAAACAGCAUAUUUCAGAGUGUAACAGACUUGCCUACUUUUUAAUUUUAAGUAGGGAAGUUGGGCUCCUACAGUCCCCUUUGUGGGGAGUACUCAGUGUAGACUCAGCCAUGACUAUAGAAUGGGAAAAGGAAAGGCGGUACAAAAAAGGUACCCUGCCUUGUUCUUGAAGAAAUUUCCAUCGUCCCAUGUCUAAUUCUUUGUACUUUUAUUAGUAAACACUGCCCAGCAUCAAAGCAAGCAAACCUGAAAGCUAACUGCCCCUUCCCCACCCCUGUGGAAUGGGACUGACAUUGGCCUGAGGAGGGGCUCCCAGCUCCCAGCAGGUGGUGCAGGGAUGGGGUGCACUCUCACCCCCUGGGCUGUGUCCAGCUCCUGUGCCUGGCCUACCCUUUCUGCUGUAAGGGACAGAGGAAAGAGAGAGAAGGGCAUUAGUCUCUAGUGAUCAAUUCAGAGAAGACACAAGGGGAAACAGCCUCCAGGGUUAAUUGUCCCAGAGACAAAUGGCACUAGCAGAGAAUGUGCAGCUGUACGGCACCCAGAAACACCUAGAGUAUCUCUUUCUGUACCAUAAUCUCCCUAGAAUUGCUGAUGCAGCUGAAACCAAUAGCAUCUUCAUAGAGUCUUGUGUGGGUUUAAAAGCACUGGUCCAUGCUUUGGCAUCUUAUACCCCGUCUGGCAUGGCUGCUUUAGCCCGUACCGGCUCCAGGCCCCCUUGGGUGAUGUUGCUUUGUGCUCCAAUUGCUAGUCGGAGCUCUUAGAGGAAGAGUUUGGGGUCUCAAUGUGAUACCUAGAGAAUGCUGCAGUCUGCGCACUAGACGCUUUUUAGAAGUUUUGAAAUUAACCUUUAUCUCCUCUUUCUUUUUUAAAUUGUUAUGAAAACAAAACCUUUUUUCUGGACUCUCUCUUCCCACAUGCUCUGUUACCUAGAGAGAGUCCCCUUCCCAAGUUCCUCCCUGCCCCUUCCAAAUGUAUAAAUCAUUCUCCCCUACACCAGCUGAACAGAUGUCAAAAUUAAUAAAGAAAUGAACACA